AUGACCCAUUUACCGUAUUUUGCACUUUUGGCUCAACUGGGUAAAGGGGUGACUGGCGAUCUAGAGAAUCUCAGAAUCUCAGAAUCUCAGAAUCUCAGAAUCUCAGACUCUCAGAAUCUCAGAAUCUCAGAAUUUCAGAAUCUCAGAAUUUCAGAAUCUCAGAAUCUCAGAAUCUCAGAAUCUCAGAAUCUCAGAAUCUCAAAAUCUCAGAAUCUCAAAAUCUCAGAAUCUCAGAAUCUCAGAAUCUCAGAAUCUCAGAAUCUCAGAAUCUCAGAAUCUCAGAUCUCAGAAUCCCAGAAUCUUAGAAUCUCAGAAUCUCAAAAUCUCAGAAUCUCAGAAUCUCAGAAUCUCAGAAUCUCGGAAUCUCAGAUCUCAGAAUCCCAGAAUCUCAGAAUCUCAGAAUCUCAGAAUCUCAGAAUCUCAGAAUCUCAGAAUCUCAGAAUCUCAGAAUCUCAGAAUCUCAGAAUCUCAGAAUUUCAGAAUCUCAGAAUUUCAGAAUCUCAGAAUCUCAGAAUCUCAGAAUCUCAAAAUCUCAGAACCUCAAAAUCUCAGAAUCUCAGAAUCUUAGAAUCUCAGAAUCUCAAAAUCUCAGAAUCUCAGAAUCUCAGAAUCUCAGAAUCUCGGAAUCUCAGAUCUCAGAAUCCCAGAAUCUCAGAAUCUCAGAAUCUCAGAAUCUCAAAAUCUCAAAAUCUCAGAAUCUCAGUAUUUUCGAUUAUUCAGAAUUUCGUACUUUGA